GUGUUGUAAAGAAUAAUGUUUUGUGCUUUAUGUAAUACUGACUUUUUUAUGACCAGCUGCUAUCAGGAUGGUGCUAUUGCAUUAUUUUAUGGAGGUGGAGGGGAUGCAAGCUGGUGGGGUUGGAUACAGAGUGCAAAAGAGAAGGUGGUCUCACAGUCUUCAGAAGUAUUGGAGUUUGUAAAGAAGGACAUUGAUGAAUUCACCAAAGUUGUUUCAGAAGAGGCUUCUUCUAUGGUCUCUUCUACAGCAACUACUUUAAAGGAGAAAUUGAGGCUUGAUGAGGAUGACAGUGCUGCUAAUACAAUGAAAAAGAGUGUCAGUGGGUUCCUGAAUCAUGUGGCAGAAGUCUUCACCCCACCACCAGAUGAUGCAGAUCAAGAGGCCAUUGUCAUUCGCAAUCAACAGCCAGUUAUACUGAACAGGCUGCAGGCUGCCAUAUAUGCAGUAUCACAAGAUGCAGCCACAUAUCUAACAGACCCUGAAGGGGAAGAGUCACAGUAUGAAGCCUGGCUCUCAACGUUUGACCUUGAAUCCCGACAGGCAGAACUGUCAGAUCUUCUUGUUAAUAACCAACCACUCAGACACCAUUACACAACUCUUGUUCCUGCCCAGGUUUCGCAUGUAGUAUUUUGGCAUCGUUACUUCUAUAAGGUUAACCAACUAGAAGCAGCUGAAGAAAAACGAAAGGUUUUAAAGGAACGAGCAGAGAAAAUGAGUACAGAUACAGACCUCGUUUGGGAUGAAGAUGAGGACUUUGGAGGAGACGUAGAAAUACCAGAGGAUGUACAAGCCCAGCUUCUUGAAGACUACGAGAAAGAAUGUGAAGAAACUAGCAGGAAAAAGUCUGUUAAAGAUACAAUGCAGUGUGAUAAAACUCAAUGUCCAUCAGAUAAAGAAGCACAAACAUCUACAGAGAAUAAUGCACUUCCAAAUCAAACUAAAUUAAAUACUGAUGUAGAAUUAUUACAAGAAUUAAAAGUGGAUUUAAGUAAAGCAGCAGAGACAUCCAGUAAGCCCUCACCCUCAUCAACAGAAAGCAAUGAAGAUGAAUGGGAAAAGGUUGAUGCUACAGAUGCAACAAAUCCCCCGUCUUCCUCUGCAUCCACCAGCACGACCAAGGCUAACAAAACGGAGAAGUCUGAGGAAUCAAAGAGUGAAGACUGGAGUUGGGACUGAGCAGGAAACCUUGAAAGUAUAUACCAAACAUCUUCACGUGUGUUUUGCACUGAGGCCGGGUAUUGCACCUCCGUAAGAUUAUGUAUUCUGGUUUUGAUUGUCACUUUUAUUUAAACUAAAUGUUAUAGUAUAUUGUCUAUUCUUGCCAGCCUCCAAUGAACUAUAAUUUUAUUCCCUGCAUUAUUUUUAUUUACACUAAUACAGGUAACUCUUGAUUUAACGUGGGAUCCAAAAUCCAAAUAAAUGUUUAAUUUACACGUUUUUUUCACUUACACGCAAUAUUUUAUGGAGUGGCCACCAGAUGUCUCACACAACUGGAUUCAUACGGCGCCGCAGCCACACAGCUGAGCUCAGUUCUUCCCGUGCGCCACUUGAACAAUACAGUACCCACUCUGCCACGCUACUCAACAAUAGGGGUGGGCAGGUAUCGGUACCAGUACUGGUACUAACGGUACCAGCUAUACGGUACGGUACCGGUACCAGACUGCUCGGUAUCGGUACCAGACUGCUUGGUACCGGUACCAGAUGGCUCGGUACCGGUACCAGACUGCUCGGUACCGGUACCAAUACUAGCCAGUCGCUUAUGGUGUCCCUCAUUUCUUCCUCACACGAGUGAGGCUGAGUGCCUGAGUGGAUAUCUCAGUGAUAUGGAUAUUCUCUCUCUCUCUCUCUCUCUCUCUCUCUCUCUCUCUCUCCACUGAAUGAAGUGAAUAUUUAUUUUUCGAUAGAAACCUACCUCUUGUUUGAUUUACAUUGUUUUUGAUUUACGCGACCUCUUCAAGGACACAAUACUCGCGUAAAUCGAGAGUUACCUGUAUUUGAUAUUGUCUUUAGUUUGUUCACUCUCUGGCAGGAGAUAAAACUACUCAACUUAGUUUUGAGAAAUAGCAGAAACUGCCUGUGCCUAUGGGCCUAAAAAUAAGCCUCAAAACUGUUAAGCAGUAUAGCAUAAACUUUGUUGGUGACAGUUAGUGGAUGGAAGAUCUACUGUAAUUCAUACUUUCCCAAAGAACAAGGAAAGUGAACAGUUUGUGUGUGUUUAUGUUUGGGCGUGCAUACAUGUGUGCCUGCACGUGUGUGUGUGUGUGUGUGUGUGUGUGUGUGCACACAUUCAUGCUUACAUGCAUGUGUGCCUCUGUGCCUGUCCUUGCAUACCUUCAUGCAUGUGUGUGCAUAUGUCAUGUUUUAUAUAGUAUCUAUUAUAUGAAAUAUUUUAUUGUUAUACAUAUUAAUAUACAUAUAUAUGGAAUAACCUGGUUAAGAGAAAUCCCUUGAGCACAAUCCUUUGAGAACAGUAUCAUUAACAUGAGCUAAAAAGGAAUGGCUCUUGGUAUUUUUUAUUAGUUUGGGUCAAGUUCAGGAAUGAUUGCAUACAAAGAGUCCUUUUCACUAUGGGACGUGUACUGGAACCAUUAAAUUUGAUGAUCUUGCUCCA